ACAUUUAUUUUUCCACAUCCACAAUAUAGUUCAGUUUAUUGCAAGAUAAACUUGACACCUAUCAGUUUAAUAAAUAAAAUUCAAAGAUGUUCCGUAAAAUUGGAUUUAUUUGCAUUGUGUUUUGUUUCAUUUACAUAUCUUUUUCCGAAGGAAAAUUUCCUAACGAUCCGAAACCAUGUCCUUACGGAAAUGUUGGAUGCAUCAAAAAAUUACUGAACUUUUUGCUUGCUGAAAAAACAGAUGGCUAUGAACCACUAAAUAUUGUCAGUUUGAAUCCAUUAAAGAUUUCCGAAAUAAGAGUAAAACAAGGCAAAGAGAGUCCGGUUUUUAUUGAUUUGUCAUUUAAAAAUAGCGAUCUCUAUGGCUUCAAAGGAGCUAAAGCAACUCAAAUUAAAGGAUUCGGAAAGGACAUUAGUCAACCUCACGAGAUGGUCAUAUCAUCUAAAUCAAUGACUCUCUUAAGUGACUAUACAAUUUCAGGAAAAGUUUUAAUCCUUCCUAUUACUGGUUCGGGCAAAAGUAAUUUAACAAUGGAUAAUGUCAAAUUAAUUAUGCAACUUAAUGCCGAGCCAUUGGUGAAAAAUGGUAAAACUUACAUGCAUGUGAAAAAACUUAAAUUGGAUGUUGAAACAACACGAUUGCAUUUUGAUUUUAAAAAUCUUUACAAUGGUGACAAGAAUUUGGGUGAUAGUACAAAUUUGUUUUUGAAUGAAAAUUGGAAAGACAUUUUUGGUGAAGUCCGAAAAACUAUGACCAGUGCAUUUGCUUCUGUAUUUAAAAAAGUUAUAAACGAUAUUUUGAAAAAUUUUCCUUAUGAUGAACUUAUGUCUGAAGCAUAGUUAAAAAGUUUCGCUUUCAGUUUUGAAACAAAUAUAAUAAAACGUAUGUAAUUUUUAGUAAGUGAAAAUAA